AUCCAUGUCUGUGUAACAAAUUUCCUAACCUCAAUAAUCAUUAACGCUUAAUAUCUUGAUUCGAGAGGCCAACGUUUGCCACGUUUUUCUACCCGAUUCUUUCGUUUUGAAUGAAAACGUCGAAUGAGUCUAAUGUCAAAAUCGGAGAUGAGUACAGGCAAUCAAUUUUAGAACAUAACCAUCAUGUCACCUAAUCAAAUUUAUUCUGAGAUAGAUCAGUAUAAAUAAGGACGUAUCAAAUAUUUAAUUCGCACCAAUUUAAUACGCGUACUUAACCGUUUUAACGGUGUAAAAGGAGUCAAAUAUUCAACAAAAGUUGAUGUACUAUGAACCGACUGGAUGAUCCGCCAGGACUCAUGAAAGGCAGAAAACCAUCUUUCAUUGGAAUGAACGGGGCUCCAGAGACAGAUGAUCAACAGCGAGUACGAUUUCAGGUUGAAUUAGAGUUUGUACAAUGUCUUGCCAACCCAAAUUAUUUAAAUUUUUUGGCACAACGUGGUUAUUUCAAAGACAUGACAUUUAUUAAUUAUCUCAAAUAUCUAUUAUAUUGGAAAGAACCAGAAUAUGCAAAGUAUUUAAAGUAUCCUAUGUGCUUGUAUUUCCUGGAUUUAUUACAGUAUGAACACUUUAGAAGAGAAGUUGUGAAUUCUCAAUGUACAAAAUUUAUUGACGAUCAGCAGAUUCUGCUAUGGCAGCAUUACACUAGACGUCGAACAAGACUUCUACAAACAGCUGCUGAGCAAACGCAACAUACUAAUUCUCAAAACAAUGGUAUCGUUCAACCUAAGGUUCCCUAA